AUGAUGAUAAAUGGAAAUGCACACUUUGGUGAAAGUUCUAGUUCAUCCUCGGUUAGCAGUCAACAAGAUAUUGAGGAUGAUAAGAUGAUUGCCAUGGUACUGUCUGAAGAGUAUGCUAAAUUAGAUGGAGCAGUUGGUCAAAGGGUUUCUCACCUAGCACCUAUUCCUCAUGUUCCAAGAAUAAAUUCUUUCAUUCCAGACUCUAAUAAUGCUUCUUUGGACCAUCAACGUUUAACUCAGAGGCUAAAUGUAUAUGGCCUGUAUGAAGUCAAAGUAUCAGGAGAUGGCAAUUGUCAGUUUCGCGCAGUUUCAGACCAACUGUAUAGAUCACCUGAGUAUCAUAGGCAUAUCCGGAAGGAGGUUGUGAAGCAGCUAAAAGACUACCAGUCAUUAUAUGAAGGUUAUGUUCCAAUGAAGUACAAGCGCUAUUACAAGAAAAUGGCUAAAUCAGGUGAGUGGGGGGACCAUGUUACUUUACAAGCAGCUGCUGAUAAGUUUGCUGCGAAGAUUUGCCUUUUAACAUCAUUCAGGGAUACAUGCUUUAUUGAAAUUGUGCCCCAAUAUCAGCCACCCAAAAGAGAGCUCUGGUUGAGCUUUUGGUCGGAGGUCCAUUACAACUCACUUUAUGACCUUCGAGAUGCCCCGUUGCAUCGUAAACCUAGGAAGAAACAUUGGCUUUUCUGA